UUAUAUUAAUUUUGUUAUUAAGCAAGGAAAAUGAUGCCCAUUACAAAUUUGCAAUGAAUGAAAUCUUGUUCAUAUGCAUAUUAGAUAUAGAUAGCUUCAACCCUUAAAAAAAAAACCAGUAAAACCCUAAACCACAAUUGGAGGUUGCAGCAGCAGAAGUUAGUAGGUUGAAAGAGGGGAGGGGAUUAUACCAUGUCCGCUGAUCCUCGAGGUGCUUUCAUGGAUGAAGAUGCGUCUUCAGGGGGCUCUGGAGACGACGCAAACAAACGCCUUCAGCCCGGAGGCCGUCGCAAGAGAAGUCGCAAGGCUACUGGGGAUGCCAUAGUCGAUGCUAUGCUACAGAUAGCUUCAGCUUCCAAGAUGAGAGCAGCUGCAAUCAUGAAGAACAACGAGGACGACCCUUUCUCCAUAACCAAAUGCAUCAAGGUUUUGGAUGAGAUGCAAGAUAUGUCAGCUGGCAGGGAUGAUUUUGACUUAGAGUUGGAUGAGAUGGAAUUGAUUGCAGCCGCCGCAGGCUUCUAUUACUAUAACACCAUCACAACUCAACCUUGUCGUAGUUUAUCACCCACCAGAGGCUGUGGAUUCAUGACUGAAGUGCUAAAUGGUCAUGAAGAUCUUUGUAGGGAGAUGUUUCGAAUGGACAAAAGUGUAUUUCAAAACCUCUGCAACGCUCUUCGCCAAAAAGCCAUGUUACGAGACACUGCUGGUGUUAUGAUAGAGGAGCAGCUCGGAAUCUUCUUGAACAUUAUAGGCCAUAAUGAGCGCAACCGGGUUGUCCAAGAGCGGUUUCAACACUCAGGCGAAACCAUUAGUCGCCAUUUUAACAAUGUAUUGAAGGCAGUCAAGUCAAUGUCCCGAGAGUUCUUACAACCACCACCUCUCAACACUCCUUCGGAAAUUCUAGAUAACCAUAGAUUUUACCCCUAUUUCCAGGACUGCAUUGGAGUUAUUGAUGGAAUGCACAUCCCUGCCCAUGUCCCAGCCAAGGAUCAAUCUCGUUUUCGCAACAGAAAAGGUGUUCUUUCUCAGAAUGUGUUGGCUGCUUGCACAUUUGACUUACAGUUCAUAUUCAUUUACCCUGGUUGGGAAGGCUCGGCUGCUGAUGCCCGCGUAUUGAGGGCCGUUCUUGAUGAUCCGGAUCAAAACUUUCCUCAAAUUCCACAAGGGAAAUAUUACCUGGUUGACAUGGGAUACUCAAAUAUGGAAGGGUUCAUUGCUCCGUACGAGGGAGUCCGGCAUCACCUUCAUGAAUUCAGAGGUGCUAAUCAGUUGCCUAGAAAUGCAAAGGAGCUAUUCAAUCACAGGCACUCGUCCCUAAGGAACGCCAUUCACAAGUCGUUUCAUGUGUUGAAGACUCGGUUUCCGAUUCUCAAACUCGCUCCUCAGUACGCGUUUCACAUUCAAAGGGACGUAGUUAUAGCUGCCUGUGCUUUACACAACUUCAUCCGCCGCGAGGAGAAAGACAAGGAUUGGUUGUUCUCCAGUGUGGAAGGGAUAAAAUUGGAUGUGUUGCCUGAUAUUCUUGAUGAACAGCCUGAAAUUCAGUUGGCUUCUUCAAUACAAGAACAAGUUGCCUUCUCAGUAAGAGAUUCAAUAGCUGCAGCAAUGUGGGAUGACUACAUAAAUAAAUGGGAUGAAUGGUGAUCCAAUGCCUCUUUCUUUUUCAUUUUCUAAGUUGUUAUCUUCUGAAGAGACGAUGAUUCUAGUCAUGUUUAAAAUUAAUCAUAUACAAAGAUGAAAAUCGAUAGGGGCUUUGGCUUUUGUAAGAAAGAGAUAUUUAAUUUUUGAUUCAUUUUCAAAUUAUCAUGGGUAUUUUGUCCCAAUUCACACUGAUUUGAUAGGUCAAUCCAAUCCAAUUCUUGAA